AUGUGGGACCCUCAGUACAGUCAAACAGUGGCCGGUGGGGCUGACAACGCCGGGGUGGCCUUUACGGGCGAGGCCGGACAGCAGGAGCAGGGCGAGUGGCCGGCCCUGGGGCGGAGGGGACAGGUGCCACGGACAGGACAGGUGCCCCCGGACUGCUGCCCCGUCCAGAGCGCUCGCAAUCUGCAGGCAGACCCUCCGGACGACGUGGGGGACUCGCCGGCCCUUAGCACGGAGCCGCCAGGCCCGUCCACGCCGCGGCUUCGGCGUCCUGGUUCCGACAGUCCCGGGGAUGCCACGUGCUCCGCUGUCAGGACCCCACGGCUACCGCCUGGUCUGCGGCAUCUGCGCAUGCGCGCUGGGCGUUCUGCGCAGGCGCACUCGGGGCGGGGUCAGACUGUCCUACAGCUUGGCUCGCCCAAGCCCAUUGCCAGGCUCCUCUCAGCCACCUGUGCCAGCUGUGCCAAGCACCAGGAAAGCCUCCAAAAGAAGACGCUUUCUGAAAAAAACCUGAAGAGGUACUUUGUGGAUCACCGGAGAGUGCUCCUCCGUGGGGGGAACGGAGGUGAUGGGAUGAGCUGCUUCCACAGCGAGCCCCGGAAGGAGUUUGGGGGCCCCAGUGGUGGCGAUGGAGGCAAUGGUGGCAAUGUCAUCCUAAGAGCCGACAGGCAAGUCAAGUCUCUGGCCUCAGUUCUGUCCCGCUAUCAGGGAGUCCAUGGCGAGGACGGUGGGAGCAAGAACUGCUUUGGGCGCAAUGGAAGUCCGCUCUACGUCCAGGUCCCCCUGGGCACUCUCGUCAAGGAGGGUGAGGCCACAGUGGCUGACCUUGCCCAGCCAGGCGACGAGUACAUUGCUGCGCUCGGGGGUGCAGGGGGAAAGGGCAACCACUUCUUCCUGGCCAAUGACAACCGCGCCCCCAAAACCAGCACCCCGGGGCAGCCCGGCCAGGAGCGCGUCCUCUUCCUGGAGCUGAAGACAAUGGCCCACGCGGGCAUGGUCGGCUUUCCCAAUGCCGGGAAGUCCUCGUUGCUCCGAGCCAUCUCCAAUGCCAGGCCUGCAGUGGCCGCCUACCCCUUCACCACCCUGAAGCCCCAUGUUGGCAUCGUGCACUAUGAAGGCCACCAGCAAGUGACAGUGGCUGACAUCCCGGGCAUUAUCAGGGGCGCCCACCUGAACCGCGGGCUGGGGUUCGCCUUCCUGCGCCACAUCGAGCGCUGCCAGUUCCUGUUGUUCGUGUUGGAUCUCUCAGCACCAGAGCCCUGGACGCAGCUCGAGGACUUGAGGUUUGAACUGGAGAAGUACAAGGGAGGCCUGUCCGAGAGGCCCUACGCUGUUAUUGGGAAUAAGGUGGACCUCCCCGAGGCCCGAGCCCAUCUGCCCGAGCUGCAGACCCGCCUGGGUGAGGCAGUCAUCCCACUCUCGGCCACCACGGGGGACAAUCUCGAGGCGCUGCUGCUGCGUCUGAAGGAACUGUUUGACAAGCACGCUCUCAAUCCUGGAUGUCCUCCCCCUAUGCUGGCCAGCAGGUGCACCAUGAGGCCAGGGGAAGCAGCCCAGCAGCAGCUAAAGCAGAGGAUGGAGCUGGCCUCACAGGAGCAAGGGAGUCUGGACUUGCCUUCCUGCUGGCCAGCGCCUGACUUUGUCCCUCUGCGUGGAUGCACUACCCUGUCCCUGCCCUGCCCUGCCCCUGCCCCUACCUUGUCCCAGCCUCUGUCCCUGCCCUGCCUCUGUCUGGCCCCUACCUCCUCCCGGCCUCUGCCCCUGUCCCAGCUCUGCCCUGCCCUUGUCCUGAUCCUGGCCCAGCCUUGGCCCCCUGAGAGUGUUUGUUUGCUGGAGAAGCUGCGGCAGACUCUGCCUUGCCGCUCCCUUCCUCUGGCCCACACUGGAGCUCCUGGAGCAGCAGUUUCCAGAGAUUGA